AUGUCUUGUGGAACAGUAUUAGUAACAGGUGGUACAGGAUUUGUAGGAACCUACUGUGUUAUUCAGCUGCUUGAACAAGGUUAUGAUGUUCACACUUCCGUACGAGACUUAAAGAAAGAAAAUAGGUUACGUGAAAUAAUCAAGGCCAAUAGUAAGCUUGAUGAUAAGACGGUUAAGGAAAAAUUGAAAGUGUUUGAAGCUGAUGUUACCGAAGAUGACGGAUGGGCGGAGGCAUUCCAGGGAGUUGAUCAUGUUCUUCAUGUUGCAUCGCCAUUUCCAUUAACUGAGCCUGAAGAUCCCAAUGACUUAAUAGUCCCGGCUAGAGAAGGUACAUUGCGUGUAUUGAGAUUUGCUACUUCGUCUCCGUCUGUUAACCGUGUUGUGCUUACAUCGUCUUUCGCAGCCGUAGGCUAUGGGCAUGCUGAACGUUCCAAACCAUUUGAUGAGAACGAUUUUACGAAUAUCGACGGAACUAGUGUAACUUACGUCAAAUCUAAAACGAUUGCUGAAAUCGAAGCGUGGAAAUUUGUUAAGAGCGUUGCGAAUACUCAUGCCCAAAGCCCAAUUUCACUAACUGUUUUGAAUCCAGCGUACAUCUUUGGACCUUCUUUGAAGAAGAGCCUUGAUAAUUCGUCAUCUUUGAAAAUAAUAAAUAAUUUGCUCGAUGGUACGCUUGCUGACGGGUGUAAAAAUAUGUACUUGAGUGCCGUUGAUGUAAGAGACGUAGCAAAACUUCACGUUCAAGCUUUGCAGACCCCAGAAUCAGAAGGAAAACGAUUUAUCUUGACGACAGGUGAAAACAUUUCAUUGCUAGAUGUGGCAAAUAUUUUAAUUGAAAAUUUGCCAUCUGAAUAUACGAAAAAUGUGCCAACUAAAGAAAUUGAAGGGACGAAAGAUAUUCGGAAACCAUCUACUAACGAGAAAGCUAGAAGGGUUUUCAAUUGGAAACCAAUUCCCUUGAAGGAAGCAAUAUUGGAGUCUGCAAAGGGGUUGCUAGAUAUCUAG